AUGGCGUUCAAAACGAUACUCCGUUUCAUCCUGUCUGCCCUGGUCGCGGCACAUGCUCCCGACCAUAACAUUGACGACGGCGAGCACUUGGCGCCCGCACAGUACCACGUGCUUUACUACGCCCAAGAGGGCCACCGCCCGGCUGUUCAUGGAGCAAAGCAUGCCACUUUCCGAGCCAAUUUCUCCCGGCCGACUAUCGUUUUGGACCACUCUAGUCAGCUGAAGUCAAUCCGGUGCAAGAACGGCAAGAUCAAUAUCUGCUUCAAGUCCAACUCCACGGGUUUCGUCAAGGCCAGCAACACAUGGACGAUGAAAACCUUCAACCUCGCCACCUACCACAUCGGCUGUGGUGACGAGACCAGCGGACAGCGCUCUUACUUCCUCGCCGAGAACCCUCAGUUUGACCAUGAUUCCGGCUGUGUCGAGGUGGCCGCUAAACCCCUUGCGCACGAGGAGGCCAUUGCGUCGGGAGAGAGAUCCAACUUCUAUCAACCCGAGACGGGCCAAACCUCGGUCUGCCCCGCCGUCGAUUCGGAAGCCCCCGAUUCCUGCACGUCGAGGGUUCCCCGUCACGGCAUGCCAGGGAACGCCACCAAUGGGACAGACCCGGACGCGCCGCCUUUCCCGCCCGACUUCUUCAAGGACCUGGAUGACACGUCGCCCAGGGAUAUCACCGACGACCUGCAGGCGCUGAUCAACUUCUUCCAGACGGACAAUUUCGACACGUCCGACAUCUCUGACCUGCUCCAGUGGUUCGAGGAUCUGGACUUCAUCGACUACGAUGGAACCCUUCUCGCGCGCGAGGCACGUCAACUCCUCCGGCGCCGCAUCAUGCAGAGGCGCGGCUGGGGCUUGUUCGAGGGGAUCUACAACGCCGCCAAGGCACUGGUGAACAAAAUUGGCGACUAUGUCUCAACCGCCGUGAAGACGAUCCUGGGCGUGGGAGACAAGCUUGUCAGCCUGGCCAUUGUGGCGGCCAAGGUGAUCGCCGUCCCGUUCGGAGUCCCGUUCGACGAGUCCGCCACGAACCGCCCGCCCCAGAUCUUCGGCUACACCAACGGCUUCAACCUCGUCGACACUGGAGGCGUGUACAGCAACUUCCACGUCGACGCCGUCUUCGGCGUCACCCUCGAGGUGCAGUAUGGCAAGCCCAUUGAGGCGCUGAAUCAGCCGAUUGCCUCGGUUCCCAUGAGCCCGCUCACGAUUUCGGGCAUUAUCACUCUUGGCCCGCAGCUUACCAUCAGCGGCUCCCUGGAUCUUGUGCUCAACGGCCAGGCGGAGCUCCUGAUUGGGAGCAGCCUGAAGAUCGCCCCCGGUGAGGCCCGAUUGAGUCUUGUGGAAAGAGAGGACAACAGUUUCACGGGCUUUGAGACUGCGUUCGACCCUGUCGCCAAGUUCAACGGCGCGCUCACGGCGUCGGUGGAACUGGGUCUGCCCAUCACCAUCGAGGUCGGCGUCGAGAUUCUGAACGUCAAGUUCAAGAAGACGGUCGGCCUGACCAACAAGCCUUCCGUCUACGGCAUGGCCACCCUGAACCUCAACCUGCCCGUGCUGUGCAAGGGCGUCACGCUCAGUGUUGGGGUGGAGAGCCGCAUCUACAUCUCGGCCAUCGGCUUCGCCGAGGGCUUCAACUCUCUCAUCUCGGUGCCCGACCUGACCGUGACCACCGCGGUCCCGCUGGCCGUGGGCGGGGACAUCGCGAACAUCAAGCCCAACAUCACGGACGUCUCGGCCGGCCUGAUCCAGAACAUAACCAAUAACAUGGGAUUCAAAGUCAUCAUGAACGAAGACCGGACCUCGAUCCUCGUGUCCGGCAAGGAUGCCUUCGUCUACCUCGUCGACACUCAAGAAGCGUACGACGUGAGCUCGCCGUGGGGAUCCGUCAACCUGGCCUCGGGCACCAUCAACUUCGACGUCUUUGGCCGCGUGCUUUCCGCCUUCACCCCCGUCAAGUCCUCCGACGGCAAGACGCGAUACACGGUCGUGUACACGGUCAACGGCGUGACGGUCACCUACUUCCCGACCUUCUGCAAGACCCCCGCCGGCCUGCGGCUGUACCCCACCUACUAUCUCAUCGACGUGGACGGCAACAUCCAGACCACGCCGGUCUACCAACAGGCCGUCAGGGAAGGGUUCAACGACUUCUACAUCAGCGACCCCCUUGGGCUCCGCGAGCUCCCGGACGUACUAGUGAGGCUUUGA